AUGGAACUCUAUGGUAAUACUCUUGUAAAGCCAAAUACAAACAGUUAUCUAAUCAAAAAAUCAGCCCAACUUAUAGAUAUCAUUACUGACGAAACAGCUAGACAGCACUGUUUACCCAUUGUACAAUUAGAUGCGCUUAAAUACAAAGAAAGGGACACUAUUGAAACCAUAUUUAAGUAUUGGAAAAAUAAUAAUGGUUUCAACAUAACAACAAUGUGGGACAAGAGGGUACGAAACUAUUUGGGCACAAGGUAUGAUCACCGAAACAAUGUGUUUGAUUGGGAUUUACAUAUGACUCUUCAUUAUAUCGACAGAGGUAACAGAAUCACAAAUCGAGAGUACACUUAUUGGCGCGAUACUGGUGUAGCUUACACAUUCUUAGAGACGGAUUGUACUGAACCUAAUUAUACAUUUGCUUUAGUCCUAUUGAAAGAUGGGGACAAAAUAACUGCGAUGGACUAUUUUGGAGACAUUAUAAAUGGUCCUUUUCCAUCUUUUGGCUUAGACUGUGAAGACGAUGAUAUGUUAAAGAUGGGAAACAUGCAACCACUAAAACGUUCCGUGGACCUGACUGAGAGAAAUUUAACAAGAAUGUUCUAUGAAAUAGAAAACCAAAAGCCUUACAAGCACAAAGGUAAAACUGACAAUCUCGGAGUAAUCAUAACCGAACUACCAAAUGUGAAAAUCCAAAAUGUACAAACUCCAUCACCUCAAGUUAAAGUUAUGUCUGAACAUUACUCUAGUAUUGAUGUUAGCGAUGUGGAGAUCCACUUUAUUCCUCGCACAGCUAUGACAGAUUACCCUACAUUUGAUAGAUAUAAACAUUUUUUUGAUAUAAUGUAUUGUGGUCAUAUGUAUUUUGAAAAAAUGAACUUUAAUAUAACAUCUAUGAUUAAAGAUGGAGGCGUAGUUUUAAUGGAAACUCGAAAAUUUAUUGUGAACUAUAAGCAAAAGCAACACGAUGAAUUCAAACAGAAAUUAAUAGAUUUAAUGAAAAACUGUAAAUGUGUGUCGUCAACAGAGGAUAUUGAUGUAAUUAAGAAUGCUGUCAUCAAAUUUAAUAAACAGUAUUGA